CAGUGGCAAAAGGAAAAUGCUUGAAUGGAAUCAACUAACAAGUGCCAUAUUGGACCAGACUUGAUCUUCCUUGGAAAUCCAACAUCCUAUAAACCUCUUCACUAGCCUUUCCUCUUGGUGCAGCCAGUCUCCACUACACUAAAAUGACAUACUUCUAAGCUCCAAGACCCAAUCUUACCUCCAACCUCCCCUUCGAAAAGAAAAAAGAAGAAGAAAAAAAAGAAGAAAGGAAAGCAUGGAUAAGUUAAUGGGGAUCCAACACCAGCUUUUAAGGGAUGCAUGCUAAUAAAUACCCCCCUUGCCCAGAUUGCAGUCCACGUUCACUGGGAAAAACUCGGUCUUUCUACCGAACACCUUUAAAUUUAGCAAUAUUAAUAUAUCCCUCCAAAGUCAAAACUUUGUAUUUAUCCAACCCCCAACCCAAGCCGUCGUUGGUGUUGUCUCAUCCGAGCCGGAGGGUUGGUGUGGCGAUGGCGUCGGGCUCCGUCCAGAAAUCCGAGGAGGAGUGGAGGGCGAUCCUCGCGCCGGAGCAGUUCCGGAUCCUUCGGAUGAAGGGAACUGAAUCUCUCGCCUUUCAAGAUUCGAACACCUCCAGAAAAAUAUCACUACUUUCAGAAGCUACAAAAGCCUUGGGUUGGGAAAAAAGUGGUGGAAUCGAAAAUUCGAUUCCUUUCUUUAUAAAAGCUGGAGUCUUCUACCUAGAGUGCUGCAACUGCUCUGAAAUCUCCAAUAUCUUGCUCCAGCACCCGCUUCCUAAGCUCUACCUAUUCAAAGUUUUCAUUGAGCUCCACUUCCUUGCUCCUGCAUUAAAAACUACUCAUGUACCUGCUUCUGAUUCAGGUACUCAAAGAUGGUUCCUUAUUUUCUGUUGAUUUAUUAAUUCAAUAAGUUGUUUAUGUUGAGACAUAUUUUGCAAGACAAUGUUAAUUUUGCAAAACUUCUAGAUUUUCCUGCCUAUCAACUGGUAUACGAAGACUCAUGAAACGGUUCUACCUUGCUUGAGUAUGCCUAGUUCAGGUAUUUGGCAUUGACACAAAGGAUUCAAGUCAAGCUAACAACUAAUCAUAAAGGUUUUGCUCAAUAUUUUUCCUGUAGCCUUCUCAAAUUGGAGUUUUGCUCCAUCAGAACUCCCAUGUAAAUAGGAAAAGUCAUGGUUGAUUUGUUAUAUAAUAAUAAACCUUUAUUUACAAAUUAUACUGCCAUCACUUCAUUUACAAAUUAUGAUUCAGUUGGUUGCUUUGUACUAGAUGGACUCUUCUACCGUGCACCUGCUUUGGAAUCUCUUCAAUUUCUUGCUUCUGCGGCUUCUUCCUGGACACUUCCUUCUUCAAAGUUUUUUUUUUUAAAAAAAAUAUUUUUUAUUUACAAGCUUUGCUUCCCUGCUUCUUCCUCCAAACCUACUCUUGCACUGUCUUAAAGCUUUGUUGAUUGGCUGUAUAAUAAUGAAUUUCUACUUUCAAGGUAUGAUGGCAUCGUUUAAAA